AUGACAGACACUGGUAAACGUAUACAGUUGGUGAAGAUGUUGUGUCUCACCAUCAUACCCAUCUUGGGGCUUUGGGGAUUCACCUUCUACACUCUCACGGACACCAUUAGCAGAAAAUCGGCCAACGAAAAGACGAAGAAGGAGUUGCAACUGAGUGUGGAACUUGGCAAUCUUAUCCACCAUCUGCAACAGGAAAGGGACAUGAGCGUGCUGUAUCUGAGUGCCCUCGGACCGGAGACAAAGACAUUCCUGCUAACAGAUUAUCUGGAGACAGACAAGGCCAUAUAUGCCCUCAGUGACUGGCCGUCGAACUUGGAUAACGAGAAGAGAUCGGAGUUUGAGUCAAAGGAUAAACUGCAGGAGUACCUGUCUCGCCAUCGCCAGCUUCUCAGUAAAAACAGGUACAAUAUCAACAACGAACUUGAUUUCUACACCAAUAUCAUCGACGUAGUCAUCGUUUGGCUGUAUAAGUCCAUCACCCAGGGCAAGUUCGCUGUGGUCUGGAAAACCCUGGUGGCGUAUCUGAAACUAACCAGUGGAAAACAGGAUAUAGGCAUUGAGCGCGCCCUGGGCACACUGUUUUAUGUACAGGGCGGUUUCCAGUCCCACAAAUACUUUGAAAUGUACAACAACCGUAUCAACAGGUUCCGUGCGUUCUAUACGACAGCCGAGUUGUACUCCACUCGAGUUGAUCGUCUUUACUCUUCCGGAGUUAAGGGUGUCGGUACAAAUAUAACAGGUAUAAUAAACAACUUCCGGUUCGAGAUCCAGCACAAACAGAUGGGAACAAUGUGGGUCCCGGAUAUACAAAAUGCGCGUUAUUGGUUUGACAACAUGACGCAAUACCUGGACACCUUGCUGGAUAUCCAACGUGACCUUGGUUACGAGAUUAUCGCACGUUUAGAUGUCGUCAUCGACGAGAGUACACGAGACUUGGCAAUUAGUGCCUCUUUCUUAGCGGUCGUGCUGAUUAUGUGUCCGCUGGUUAUAUUCGCUACCGAGAACCUCACAAGCAGUAUCCAAAAAUAUGCUCUAACUCUGGUCAAUAAGACAAGAGAGUUGAUGGAAGAAAAAAAGAAAACAGAUUCUCUUCUUUACCAAAUGGUUCCUAAGCCGGUAGCAAAUAAACUUCAGAAAAACAUACACAUUGAUGCGGAGUAUUUUGAUUCUGUAACGAUUAUGUUUUCUGAUAUAUACGGAUUCGCCAAAAUGUCGACGGUAUGUACACCUAUUGCGAUAGUGGAUCUUCUGAAUAAUCUAUACAGGACGAUCGAUGACCUUUUAGAUGAUUACAACGUUUACAAGGUCGAGACCAUCAAUGACUGCUACAUGGUCGCUUCAGGUAUUCCGACAAAGAACGGCAAACAACAUGUAUCAGAAGUGGCCACUUUCUCCAUUGCACUUCUUGCACUUGUCCAAUCCAAAAAAUUCGUCAUAUCCGGAAACAGGAGUAUCCAACUAAGAAUUGGAAUAAAUACCGGUCCGUGUAUGGCCGGAAUUGUUGGGUCGAUCCUCCCUCGGUAUUGUUUGUUCGGCGAUACGGUUAAUACGGCUUCCAGGAUGAAAUCUUAUGGAAUGCCCAAUCGGAUUCAGAUUAGUUCCAGCACGGCCAGUGCCCUCUUUAAGACUCGAAAGUUUAUCACUCGCAAACGAGGAAGUAUAACAAUAAAGGGCAAAGGUGAGAUGAAGACAGUUUGGCUGGUCGGGAAGGUAGGGGAUAACACAGAGUUGUUAGAUACUACUGGUCAAGAAGAACAUUUGAGCCGGACCCCUAUGGAAGCUCCCGAUGAUAUUCCGGGCGAAAUAUUUCAACAUUACAGCUACAGAUUCUUUUCACCUCUUCCUAUUACUCGCCCCAGAAGUAAACCUAAGAAGGCAAUGGUCCGAGUGUUCCCAACGUCAACACGUGAGUUGGAUACGGAAGGAGGCGAUUUAAGAGAGCAGGAGUUGAAAACGGAAAUGACGCAAGCGCCCCAAGAGGAGGCAAUCAACAUCCAAGACGAGCGGAGAAGCGAAGGGAGUACAUACGAAUAA